AUGGGACUUCCAAACAACUGCUACGCUGUCAAUAGUCUGAUUGGUGAUGUUUCUGGAAAACCAAGGAAAAUAAAUUCUAAGUCACGCAUAGUGCUCACUGUGAAAGUAUCAGCACGUGACAGGUUCUACACUAAUACUCCAACAGCUAUACAAAUGUCAGUGCAUAAUCCAAGAGUUACUUUAAAUCCAUUUAAGAAAGGAUUCACGCUGAGAGCCUGUUCCAAUUAUUUGAUUCAUGCAAAGAAAACUAUAAACAGGCUUUUACCUCCUCCAUACACCACGAACUGCACUGAUUAUCAAGCGAUGUGGAAAUCACGAGGUGGACAUGGACCUCUAAGUAAGACACAAUGCAGAGAAGAAUGCAUAUUAAAUACUUCGUUAUCUGAAUCGAGGUGUGUGGAUCCAUUUAUUGUAUCUUAUCCCAACAUGGAAAAGAUAUGUGACAUCCCCGCUAAUACAAAAGUAUUUGCAAGAAAAUGCAACAAUGCAUGCAAUAGAGGUUGUCUCCGUGAAGACAUAAUAACCACUGUGGAAGAGCACGCCUCGUUUUUCAUGAAAGACAAGCCGGUUAACAUCAACGAGUGUACUUCUGUGGUGACUAUUGUUUUUAAUAAAAUGGAAGUAAAAGAGUAUGCCUAUUCUCCGAAGUAUCAGACUAUUGAACUUUUUGGUUAUAUUGGUGGCUAUCUUGGAGUUUGGCUUGGUAUUUCGCUUUUGGCUGUGACAGACGUCUUGGAAUCAUUCUACGUGGUUGCGAAAUUUUUUGGAAGAACACUAAAAAGAAGAACAAUUUCAGGAAAGAAAUGUUUGAAGAAGAAAAAUCAACUGCAAUAUCUUCAUUAUAAUGGAAAAUCAAAGGAUAAUUUCAUUUUGAAAAUUUACUGA